GCUGACCCAUAGACCUGUAUCAAGGAAUUGCACACGAGGAGGAGAUAGAAACUGGAAGCUCUCAGAAUGCGCUGCCCACAGACUUAAGGCUCCUCCAGGGACUCGAGGUGAUUUCUCACAACAGAUGCUUUCAGGAGAGGUUGUGCUGAAGACAGAGCACUGCAGCCUCUUAACUGGGACAGCUCCUGCUGGUCUGGAGCUGAGACCAACUCCCCUCCCUCCGUUUUCCCUUGGAGAUGUUGCAGAGAUUUAAUGUGACCUCCUUCUGCUCACCUGAAGCCUGCCGUGGCGAUGGUCCUGCAGCCAGACCCGACCACCAAAGAGAAGAGAAUCCUGCCUUUGAAGCUGGGCCGUCGUUGUAACUGAACUGGAACUUACUCCCUUCUUGUGCUCCUGGAACGAGUGCCGUUCCCCUGCUUGUCUCUGUGUGUUUUGAGCCCUUUCUCCCUGCUCUUGUUUGGAAUUCCUGGGCUUUCCACGCUGAAUUUGCCCAUGGCUUUCCUGAUGAAGAAGAAGAAAUUCAAGUUUCAGACGAGUUUCACUCUAGAAGAGCUGACUGCUGUCCCCUUUGUGAAUGGGGUUCUGUUCUGCAAAAUCAGGCUGCUAGAUGGAGGAGACUUUGCCAGCUUAUCUACGAGAGAGGAAGUUCAGGAAAACUGUGUCCGCUGGAAAAAGAAAUUCACCUUUGUGUGUAAAAUGAGUGCCAACCCUGCCACAGGACUGCUGGACCCCUGCAUCUGCAGAGUGUCUGUCCGUAAGGAGCUGAAGGGCGGAAAAACCUACUCAAAGCUGGGCUUUGCUGAUCUAAAUCUGGCAGAAUUUGCAGGCUCUGGAUCCACUGUCCGUUGCUGCUUGUUGGAAGGAUACGAUACUAAGAACACCCGACAGGACAACUCCAUCCUAAAGGUCACCAUCGGAAUGUCUCUGCUCUCGGGGGAUCCCUGCUUCAAAACGCCUCCUUCCACCGCCAAAUCCAUCACCAUCCCGGGACAGGACUCGAGCCUGCAGCUGACCUGCAAGGGUGAAGGAACCACAAGCAGCAGCAGCAGCAGUUCUGCCACCAUUGGCUCUCUGCGCCAGAGCAAGCCAAGAGCUGCCAUUCUCGGCUCAGGUGUCCCAGAAGAACCAGAUCAGAACCUGUCCAGCCCAGAGGAAGUCUUCCACUCAGGGCACUCACGGAACUCAAGCUAUGCCAGCCAGCAGUCCAAGAUCUCUGGUUACAGCACAGAGCACUCACGCUCGUCGAGCAUGUCAGACCUGACCCAUCGCCGCAACACCUCCACCAGCAGCAGCGCGUCCGGGGGGCUGAGCAUGACCGUGGAGUGUCCUGAGGGGGAGAGAGAGCACAAACCAGAGAAGCCACCUCGCCCCCCCAGACCAGCCCUUCUGCUGGACAGACCCUCCCGGAGGAAAAAGGAUUCGGUGGAAAGUCACCCAACCCGAGUGGAUGACACCAGGAUCGAUGCUGAUGAUAUAGUGGAGAAAAUAAUGCAGAGUCAAGACUUCACAGAUGUCAGCAAUACUGAAGACAGUAACCUGAGGUUGUUUGUGAGCAGAGAUGGAACAACUACGCUGAGUGGUAUUCAGCUGGGAAACAGGGUCUCGUCUGGAGUUUACGAGCCAGUGGUGAUUGAAACCCACUAAAUGUGAAGAACAGGGUAGAGCUGCUGGACACAGGCUCCCUACCCAGUCUGCUGCCACAUGGAUGCCAACCUUUACCUCUCUUCAUGCAGCAUUCCAGAAGGGAUUUCUCCAUGCCCCUCCCCAUACGUUUGCACUGCAGAACUAGUCCAAGACCACUCCAGAACAUGCACUUUCCCUGUGUUGGCAUUGUUCUUCUCUGCUUCCUGGUCCUUCCAGUGCCUGCCUUCCCCCUGUUCCUGAUCAGAUGCAAGGUGUCUGUGGGGCUUAUCCUCAGGCUAGUCCCAGAGGAUGUUGCUCAUCUGCAUCCCUCACCCAUUCACUUGCAGCAGGGGACUUCUCAGCUUCUGUCUCCCCAGAACGUUGGGUUAUACCACUGUGAACUCUUCAAACCACUGGGGGAGGGGGGAAACCAUUCUAACCAAACCCAGAGCUGCUUGUUGGUGACACGGUG